AUGCUUCCAAACAACAAGAUGAACAAAAUCAACAACAGCCUCGUCCGAUACAUUACGGCCAAUCCAUAUUUCAAAAAACCACUUCGGGAUCAUCCACAAGGCUCAUUAUUAUUCAUCAACACAUGUUUCAAUACUCUCUUGAAUUCAAGCCACCAUCAUCAUUCCUAUCGAUCCUUCUUUUCAAAAAAGACAAGUAGCGACUCGGAUCGAGUCUAUAUUGUUCCUAACAAGGGUACCCAAGUCAUGUCUUGGGGGCAAAAUAAUGAAGGACAGUUAGCUUUAAAUACUUUCGGAAUUGAUAAACUCUCUUCUCCAUCUUUUAUUGAUUCUUAUUGGUUUCAUGAAAAGACGGUCAAGAAAAUAUCGUGUGCAGCCAGUGCACAACACGCUCUUGCUCUCACUGAAGAUGGUUUUGUUUAUGCAUGGGGAAGAGGUGCAGAAGGCCAACUUGCUCAAGACAACAAUCAUUCCUAUGCAGCUCCUGUUUUGAUAGAUCCGAAAUAUUUCAACUCGAGACCAAUUGUUGAUAUACAAUGUGGAGGCUAUCAUUGUGCUGCCGUUGAUGAUGAAGGAAGAUUGUAUACAUGGGGAUUUAGUGGAAGUCCUUUUAAUAGAUCUGCUCUUGGACAUUCUGGAUUUAAUAUCUUUGGAUUUGGAUCAUCUCCUUUACCAAAACAAGUGGAAGCGUUGAAAGGAGAGUUUGUAAAACAAGUAGCUUGUGGUGACUAUCAUACAGGUGUGAUUUGUGGUCCGAAAGAUAGUACUGAAACUUCUCAAGUAUAUGUUUGGGGAAAGGGUGAAUGGGGUCGAUUGGGACUUGGUAAUUCUGAUUCAAAAGCUCUACCAACACCACUCGAUAUGUAUGAAGAUGAUAUGGAAAAUGGUGGAACAAAAAAGACCAUAUUUACGAAAAUUAGGAUGGGAAAGAAUUAUUCAGCUCUCAUUGAUUCAAAUGGCAAAUUAUACAUGUUUGGUAGACAUGACGCCCAACAGUUGGGAAUGGAAUCGCUGAGACCAUCUCAAUUUGAUUGUGAAUCAACACCAAAGUUAAUUCCAAGAUUUGUAGAAAGUGAUAUUAAGGUGAGAGAUGUAGCUCUUGGAGACUCAAUUACUGCUUGUGUGACUCAGGACGGUCGUGGUUUCAUUUGGGGUAAAAAUGUGUAUCUUCCUCAUGAAGUGAAUUUCGGAAAAGGUGCUAGAGUUAUUGAAUGCUCUGCAGGAAGAAAUCACGUCGCCUUUCUUCCUACCAAUAGACGAAGUAUUUUUACAAUGGGAGGAAAUUGGUAUUCUCAAUUAGGAACAACAGGUCAACAUGGUACACAAGAUGUGAUUAAAUUAACACCUCAAUUAGUACCUGGAAAGAAGUUACAAGUUGCAUGUGGAAACGCCUUUACAUUGGCUCUUAUUGAUCUUGAACGCAAAACAACCACUACACAGGAAGAUGAUGAUGAUUACAUGGGAGUUGCAAUGAUUGGCCCAGAUGGUAAAUCAAUUCCCUUAUAA